AUGAAAUUUUUAGUAAUUUUAUCAGUCGUAGUCGCUUCCGCAGUGAUAGUUAAUGCAGCUCCAGUUAAUAAACGCAGCGAUGAUUAUGGUAAAAAGGAAUCAAUGGAACCUGAAAAGCCAUAUAAUCCAUUUUACAAUCCAUGGGUACCCACAGACAAACACAAACAUGAUUAUGGAUAUGGUUAUAUUGACAUGCAUGACAAACAUACUGACUAUGACAUGAAAGACAAACAUGAUGACUAUGACAUCAAGGACAAGCAUGAUGAUUAUGACAUGAAAGACAAGCAUGAUGACUAUGACAUGAAAGACAAGCAUGAUGACUACGACAUGAAAGACAAGCAUGAUGACUACGACAUGAAAGACAAGCAUGAUGACUACGACAUGAAAGACAAGCAUGAUGACUACGACAUGAAGGACAAACAUGAUGACUAUGACAUGAAGGACAAGCAUGAUGAUUAUGACAUAAAAGACAAACAUGAUGAUUAUGACAUAAAAGACAAACAUGAUGACUAUGACAUGAAGGACAAGCAUGAUGAUUAUGACAUGUAUGAUAAACAUGAUGAAAAACCAAGUUAUUAA